AUGUCCGAAGUUAUUCUACCAAUCGUCUUCCAAGUGUUCUAUAUAAUUAUUCCGACUAUUAGUAUAAUUGGAAAUUCUCUCAUAAUUUACGUCACUAUAGUGUCAAGUCUUCGGAGCAUGUGCAACAUUCUUAUUGCGCUGAUUUCCGUUGGCGAUGUUAUGCAGAUGUUUGGUCACUAUGUAAUGGUUAUCUCCUACAACGUGAUUUCCGAUCAUCUAAUGCUACAAGCUAUUUGUGUAUAUUGGCAACUUAUCCCAGUGUGCGGCAUAUUCCUGUCAGCUAGCUUGCUACUCACUUUAGCGAUUGACAGGUUGUUGUCGCUGCAGAAGUUCUAG